AUGGCCACCGCCAAGAGUAAGACGCGAAAACUAAGGGGCCAUGUUUCUCAUGGGCAUGGUAGGAUUGGAAAGCACCGUAAACAUCCCGGAGGUCGAGGUAAUGCAGGUGGAUUGCAGCAUCACAGAAUAAAUUUUGAUAAGUACCAUCCUGGUUAUUUUGGAAAGGUUGGUAUGCGAAACUACCAUCUUCGCAGGAAUACUGUUUAUUGCCCAACUAUUAAUCUUGAUAAGGUAUGGAGUUUGGUGUCGGAACGAAAAAGGAGGAUGUAUGCUGACGAAAAAACUAAAGCUCCUGUGAUAGAUGUUGUACAGGCUGGGUAUUUUAAAGUUCUUGGGAAAGGUGUUUUGCCGAAGCAACCAGUUAUUGUAAAAGCAAAAUUCUUUUCUCGUUCAGCAGAACAAAAGAUCAAGGCUGUUGGAGGCGCUUGUGUUCUUGUUGCUUGA